GCGCGGAUCCGUCGAGGGGCUCCGCCGUGGAGCCUGAUGGCGGGGCGGCUGCGUCUUAGGCGCCAAUGUCCAGCGGCUCAGCCCGGCGACGACGACGGCGGCCAAGGCUGAUGGCUGCGCGAAGUCGAGGCGGUCCGGGCGCAGCGAUCUGAGGCUGCUUGUUCGGGUGAGGCGGCUCCAAGGCGCGCCGCCGGCUACUCUGAGGUGUGGACGCCGAGGCGUCUUGCAGCGGCAGCCGGUCGGGGAGGGCCUCGACAGCAUCUACGCGCGGCGGAUCUCAUGCCACGCGCGGCCAAAUGUCGAGGUAAAACUUAGGGUUAGGGAUUUGACGGUAUUUGGGAAUUUUAUUGGAACUUUGGGGAUUCUUUUCUUAAUUCUACUGCAAUUCGCCCAAUUCCCCUCCUUCUAAAUGCUGAUGCUCAAGUUAAUUUCACCUUUUCGAGUGAAUCGUGUGCGAUAUGGCUAACCAGUGGGGAUUGGGAUGAACCAGUAGACUUAACCUUAACUGUAAUUGCGUAAUUAACAUGAAUUAGAACUCAAUUAGGGUCUGAUCUAGUAGCUUAGGCAUGUAAUUAGGCUAACUGAGAUCUAAUUCGGUCUAAUCUUGACUUAACAGAUCAAGUUAACGAACUAAAACUUGAACAUUAACAUGUAACCGAAGAAGAUUAGGCCUAAUAGCAUAGCAGUUCGCACUAGAAUGCUACUGUGUAGAUCAAAAACAUAGAAAACCAGUACAAUGCGACUCAAUUGCACACUAAGAUUCAAUGUACACAGCCUUAGGGUCCAUGUCUAAAUGCAAUUGGCUUAACUGAUACCAAAUGUAGGAAUCUACAUUACUUAACUUAAUCUAAACAGGAUCUUUAUGGGCCAAGAAAAAGAUAUCAUGGGCCAAGAAAAAGAUAUCAGCCGCGUGCAACGCAGCCCAACCACACACGUCUUCUUCUCCCUCGAUUUGUGAUGUUUCGAUAUGCUGCGAUGGACGUCCAGGCGCUGUCAUAUCAAAAAACGGAAAGUUCUUAUCUUUCAUCGAGUGAAGGUUAAACUUUUUUUUGGGACAGACGGUUAAACGUUAGACAAACCGUUUAAAGGUUUGCUAUCUGUUUAAGGUACAGAUGGGUAAAGUCCACUGCUCAUACGGUAGCUUUGCCCAACCGGUUUCCUUAGACUCCGCAACCGUCGUCCGUGCCUCCCGCCGACCUCCACCUCCUCUUGUCGGUUAGAAAUUAGAACUCUAGCCCAAUUUGUACGGACAUCUCGUUGGCACUUGCAGUUGCGGACUACGUUCUGUUUGCUGGGAGCCCCAAUGCACCACGAUGGGUACGCCGCAGCGGCGGCGGCGCCUCCGCCGGCCCUUGCUGCAUCGCCGGAGCCGGAGCAGGAGCCAAAGUGGACCCGCAGGGACGACAAGUUCCUGGAGCUGCUGCUCUUCACCCGCAACACCGUCUCCCUCCGCGUCGCCUCCGGCAUCAUCGUGUUGACGCCGCCCGUGUGGGACAUGGAGAUUGCUGCUAUGGCCGUAGCGGCGGAAGAAGUAGUGCCCGAGGCCGUGGUGCCCGCUGCUCCACCAGUUGCAGCGAGGAAGAACUCUGCUGAGCGGGCAGUUGGUGCUGGCGGCGAUAAACGCAAUAAGAAGGCGGCUGAGAAGUGGACGGAAGAUGAGCACAGACUUUUCUUAGCGGGCCUGCCCUUCUAUAGAGGCAAUUGGAAUGCGAUGUCGAGGGAGUACCUGACGAGCAGGACCGCGAGCCAGAUCGCCAGCCAUUACCAGAAGUACCGGAACAGGGAGAAACAGAGGGAACACGACAACUGCAAGAGAGCGAGCAUACACGACAUCACGGAACCUGGGAUCGCCGCCGCCUUUGCAGUUUCAGGUGGCAAGGCAGCUGCAUGGAAAGGAAAAACACCUGAAUUAUUAGCAGGAGUGUCUUCUCUUGAAAAGAGGAACCAGCUCCAAAAGCCUAUCGCAGGUACCAUGGAACUGAAGCUUGCCCCACAUGUACUGUUCAUAAUAGCCGCUUUGUCUUCUGAAUCACACAAGGCCACUUGCUCCACCGAGACAGAUCGCCUGUCCUUGCUAGACUUCAAGAACAGCAUCUCCUCGGAUCCCCAUGCAACCCUAGCCUCCUGGAAUGACAGCAUCCAUUUCUGCAAGUGGGAAGGCAUCUCCUGUGACAGUGCAAAGCAUCCUCGCCGCGCCACCACCUUAUACCUAGCUGGCCAAGGCUUGAUUGGCCACAUCUCACCCUCUCUCGGGAACCUGACAUUCCUUGCAAUGCUCAACUUGUCGCAAAAUGGAUUCUCCGGAGCACUACAUCCUAGCUUGGGUCAUCUGAACCAGCUCAAGUUCCUGGUCUUGGGGAACAACUCAUUGCAAGGAAGAAUUCCAAAUGAACUCACCAACUGCACAAGCCUGAGGGCCGUGGACCUGUCCAGCAAUCAACUGGUAGGAGAAAUUCCGGUUGAAAUUGCAUCAUUGUCAGAGCUUGCCAGUCUAGACCUGUCUCAGAACAACCUCACUGGAGGAAUCCCAUCUUCACUCGGAAACAUCUCUACGUUGAGUGAGCUUAUAACCACAGAGAAUCAACUCGAGGGGAGGAUACCCGAGAAACUGAAGUGGCUGCAUCGGUUGACAUUGUUAGCCCUUGGUAGAAACAAGCUUUCAGGCCCAAUUCCACAGAGCAUCUUCAAUCUCUCUUCCCUGGAAAUCAUAUCCCUGGAAAGCAAUUACCUGAGCAUGCCAUACUUGCCAACUGAUCUUGGCACCACUCUUCACAAUUUGCAAAGGCUUUACCUGGACUACAACCAAAUUGGUGGAGUGAUCCCUCCUUCGUUGUCCAAUGCUUCGCGCCUUGUGGACAUCAAUUUUUCGUCAAAUUAUUUCGUAGGUCAUGUGCCGAUAAUUCUUGGAGUUCUAGGAAAACUCUCGUGGCUGAACCUUGAAUUCAAUCAGAUCGAUUGAAGCAAAUGGCAAACAGAGCUGGAUGUUCAUGGAUUCCUUGACAAACUGCAGCUCCCUGAAUGUGCUAGCACUGUUUCAAAAUCAGCUCAAUGGACAGCUACCAAGUUCUGUGGGAAAUCUGACAUCCCAACUUCAGUACCUCCUCUUGGGUCAGAAUGAACUCUCAGGUUCUGUUCCUUCUAGCAUAGGGAACCUUCAAGGCCUUACUGGCCUGGGACUAGAUUCCAACAAUUUUGACGGCAUGAUAACAGAAUGGAUAGGAAAGUUCAGAUACAUGGAAAAACUAUUCAAUCUUGGAAGAAGCAUCGCUACUGAAACAGACUGAUGGAAUCAUCAGAACUUUGGAACAGAAUCGACUGAUGGAAUCAUCAGAAUUUUGGAACAGAAUCACCUGUCGGCGCUGAACCUGGCUUAAGGCUUCUCUCUCCGUCUUUGCUGGCGAUCAGACGCUUCUCUUCUCUUCUGCUACUGCUCCACGCGAUGAGUUCUCGCGGCGGCGGAAAGACGACGCCCCGUGGCAUCUCCCCUGCCGGACCUGUCGUCGCCGUCGGCCUUCCACCCGGUGCCCGGCGCAAAGAGCGACAUCAGCCUCGCUUCGGACGGUGCGGGGCGGUUGUCGUCGUAACAGGUGGAGGCAGGCGAAGGCGAGGAGCACAACGAAGAGGGGGAAGAAGACGGCCAUGAAGACGGAGAUGCUCAACACGUCCGCGAGCGACAGGUUGUCGCGCGGCUCCGGGGACUGCGCAGCGGCCAUGGAGGCCGAGCCCGCGGUCAUGGCUGUUGGAAUCAGAGGCAUUUUACAGUUCAUUUUAAUUCGAAAUAUGAAAUCAGAGGUAUUUUACGGUUCAUUUUAAUUCGAAAUAUAGAAUAAAACAUGACAGUUAAGAUAGUAUAAAUAGGAAUAUGAUUCAUUGUAUUUGCAAUGAACAUAAAGCAUACAAUAGGUAUUGUGAAAUAUAAGAAUCGAAUGAGAAAGUUCAAAAGGAAAUACCCAGAG